UAGGAUACAUGUUACUUUGUAACAGAUGUCUUAACUUAUAUUAUAAUCAAGCUUUUAUUCAUUACAUUGCCCCAGACGUUGUAACAUGUAUCUUUUCUCUGUGAUGGAAAGCUUAUUCUAAAUUUUGAAGUUAUAAACAUGUUGCCAGCGAAAGAAGUAAAAAGUAUUUUGUUUCAAAUAUAUGUUGACAAAUUAAUAAUUAUUUUAUAACCAUCCAGGAGAACGAUGUGUCUUCUAUCACGAAUAAUUCCGGCUCGUCUAGUGCUGACUUUUCUCGGCUUCUUGGGUCACGUCAAUCUCUACGCCAUGAGAGUAAACUUAAGUGUGGCAAUGGUUGCCAUGGUUGGAAACCAACGACCAACGAAUGGUAGCAAUGAAACAAUGGUCACUUGUCCAGAGCUGGUGAUUACAAAAAACCAAUCCUUGGAAAACGCCGAAAUGAUUAUUGGCGAAUUCGACUGGGAUUCUGAUGUUCAAGGUCAAGUCAUUGGCUCCUUUUUCUAUGGUUAUUUUAUAACUCAAAUACCUGGAGGUGUUUUGGCGGAAAAGUAUGGCGGAAAAUGGUUUUAUGGAGUAGGAGUGUUAGCUCAUGCAGUGUUCACUUUAUUGACACCUGUUGCGGCCAGAUUGAGUGUCUGGUUAUUGAUUGCUGUGAGAGUUGUGGAAGGAAUGGCAGGAGCAGCAGCAUUUCCAGCAAUGAAUGUCUUAAUCAGCCGAUGGGUGCCAAAAAUGGAGAGAAGCCGCAUUCAGACUGCUAUGUUUAUGGGUGUACUGGUUGGCACUAUUUCUGCUAAUAUGCUUACUGGAAUAUUGUGUGAAAGCUCAUUUCUAGGAGGAUGGCCGUCUGUCUUUUAUCUAUUUGGUUUUGUUGGUUGCAUAUGGUUUGUAUUAUGGACAGUACUUAUCUAUGAAUACCCAGAAGACCAUCCUCGUAUAUCAAAAAGCGAAUUAAUCCACAUUCAAGAAGGUACAAGUACUGUGAAGUCUAAAAAUAUUAGUGUACCUUGGAAGUCUAUUUGGACAUCGUUGCCGAUGUGGGCAGUUAUUGUGGCACAUUUUGGGCAAAACUGGGCGUUUUACACUUUGCUAACUAUGAUGCCGACAUAUCUAUCCAACGUUUUGCAUUUUGACAUGAAAGAUAAUGGAAUUGUCUCUGGUCUACCCUACAUGAUGAUGAUUAUAUUUGCAUUGCCAGCCAGUUUUGUUGCUGAUAAAUUAAGAGAAAGUGAACGCCUCCAAAUCACCACUAUAAGAAAAAUCAUGAACACCAUAUCUUUUUUCGGGCCAGCAUCAUGUGCCGUUGCAGUAGCAUUUACUGGUUGUCAUCCAAUGACCAUUAUAGCUAUAUUCAUUCUUUCGUUUGGAUUAAACGGUCUGAUAUAUUCUGGUUACAUUGUGAGCCAUGUCGACAUGAGUCCACAAUUUGCUGGUACGCUUUAUGGAAUAACAAAUGGAAUAGCCACGUUACCAGGUUUUCUUGCACCAGCAUUUAUUGGAUACAUUCUUAGCAGUGGACAAACUCUGAAAAACUGGGAAUUUGUCUUUCUGAGUUCAGCUGCAUUUCAUUUUCUAAGUGGUUUAUUCUAUAUCAUGUUUGCUUCUGCUGAAGAACAACCGUGGAAUGAAGUCAAACCAGAAGAAUCAUCAGUGACCAGAAAUGACUCUCUUUAUAAACCAAAAGUACAGUAUAAUGAAUACAAUAGCUGAUGCAUGACCACUGACCAGAAAUGACUCACUUAAUAAAGCAAAACUACAAUAGCUGAUAACCAGUGACCGGAAAUGAUUCACUUUAAGUGAAUUUACAAUAUAUAGUGAAUACUGUAGAUGAUAGAUGACCAGUGAUCGUAAAUGACUUCCUCUAUUUAUAGAGGGAGUCAUUUAAUAUAGUGAAUAUCUUCAAUAUAGUGAAUGUAACAGCUGGUUCAUUUUGAAUAUAUUUUUAAAUUAAAAAAAAUCCAUCUAAA